AUGACCGUUCGCGAGCACAUCGCAACCGAACUACACAGACCGGCUAUCCGGCGGUUUGCCAGACGGGUCGUGCGCACCGACGGCAAAGACGAUUUAUGGCAAGCCGACCUCGUAGACAUGAAAAAGUUUUCCAAAGUAAAAAAAAAUAAAAAUCACACGUUCCUCCUGACAGUUAUAGACGUGUACACCAAGUACGGCUGGGCCGUACCGUUGAAAAAUAAAUCUGGUCCGACCGUGGCCACUGCCCUCGAACACAUAAUCAAGUCCAGCGGCAGGCGAUGUCGUCACCUGCACACGGAUCGUGGUCUGGAAUUUAUCAAUAAAGACGCACGACGCGUGUACGAGCAGCAGUAUAAUAUACACCAUUAUCAAACGUACACGCCGCUGAAGGCGAGCGUUUGCGAACGCUGGAACAGAACGCUUUAA